AUGCGAUUUUUCCUACUCACAAUAUUCGUGCUUGUGCUGCUUGCCGAGGUGCUCCAAGCGUCGCCACACUUCAAACUCCGCCGUGGCGGCCAUCUGGAGCGCGUUCAUCGGCAGGCGCUGAGCGACUGGAAGCGGGCACAUCACAGGUCGAGAAGGCAUCGCCAUCGGCACAAAAGAAGACGUCAUGGUCGCGACGAGGCCCAGCGUCGGAUCGACCACAUCACCGACGAGAUUGACGGCUACGUGCGGCCGCGUUUCGGGCGGAGCGUCGCG